AUGGAUCCGUUCAACAACCCCGAUACUCCCAACACGCCUUCGAACAACCCGAAUACUCCCACCAAUCCGACCCAACCAAAUGUUUUUUCGGUUCCGGGGUAUUAUCCAACGCUAGAACCGAACCAAUUCUCCCAAUUUUCAUCGAACGCUUUUGCGUCAUUCCAACAAUCGCCCAACCAAUUCACUCAAAUCUCCCAAAAUCAAGCUCUUCAACAAAUGAUGAUGCGGGGUGCUUGGAACUUUCCACCCGUUCAACCUCAACCGAUCCCCACACCCCCCGUUCAACCCCAACCGAUCCCCACACCCCCCGUUCAAUCCGAACCCGAAGAUGAUGUGGAGAUUGUGCCCGAAACCCAACCGCCAAAAGGGAAAGGAAAACGAAACAAAGGGAAACAAGUAGCGGGUGAUCAAGCGUCGAAACCGAAGGCGAUUAAAUGGACCCCAAUCGAAGAAGAAGCAUUAGCCAAGGCUUUCCUUGGCACUUCCGACAACCCGGUAAAAGUUUACAUUACAAGUGACCGUCGUAGCGGGUGGAACGACGAGGAUGUGUUCAAAAUGGCAUUGCAAAAGUAUAAGCAAAAUCAUGGUUCCAACUUUCCUCACGUUCGCGCGUGGAUGGUUGUAAAAGACGACCCAAAAUGGUCGCCCAUUCCUAACGAGGUGGCGAUGGCGAAACGCCAAAAAACAUCGGAAACGGGUAGUUUAAGCGCCGGUGGGUCGGACGCGAGGUGUCACAUUAACUUAAAUGAUGACGCCGACUAUGACGAAGACGAGUAUAACGUACGUGAACCCGACCGUCCACCGGGCCGAGACAAAACAAAAAAGGAGCGGGCCAAGGGAAAAGGAAAGGAAACGGUGGACCCGAACAUGGUUGAGUUUAUGGAACACCUAAAAGUGUACAACGACAUAUCGGCCCAAAAGUCGAAGACGAAGGAGCGGGCCGUCGAAGAAAAAAGCCGUGCAUCGGACGAGAAGUUAAAAGAAAAGGUCCGAUUGUCGAAUGAGAAAAUCCGAAUCUCCGAUGAAAAAAUUCGGCUUAAGGAAUGGGAAAUAAUGAUGAUUAAUGUCGAGAACGAACCCGAGCCGAGACGUUCGAUGUUGAAAAAACUACAAGACGACAUCAUGAAAAAGCAUCAAAUUAUUUAA